AUGUCGACUUUUGGCACGCACUUCCGCGUCACCACCUAUGGCGAGUCGCACUGCCUCUCCGUGGGCUGCAUUGUCGAUGGCUGCCCGCCAGGUAUGCAGCUCACCGAGGCCGACAUCCAGCCUCAGAUGACCCGCCGCCGCCCGGGCCAGAGCGCAAUCACGACCCCGCGAAACGAAAAGGACCGCGUGGAGAUCCAGUCGGGCACCGAGUUUGGCGUGACGCUGGGCACGCCCAUCGGCAUGCGUGUCAUGAACGAGAACCAGCGCCCCAAGGACUAUGGCAACAGCACAAUGGAUCUCUACCCGCGUCCGAGCCAUGCUGACUGGACAUACCUUGAAAAGUACGGUGUCAAGGCGAGCAGCGGUGGCGGCCGCAGCAGUGCGAGAGAGACGAUCGGACGCGUCGCUGCCGGAGCGAUUGCUGAAAAAUACCUGAGGCAAGCGUACGGCGUGGAGAUUGUUGCCUUUACUGCUUCCAUUGGCAAUGAGUUCCUCUUCCCGCCCUCCCCCGAGCACCCGACCGCCUCGACGAACCCCGCCUUCCUCAAGCUGAUUGACGAGAUCAACCGCGAGACGGUCGACUCGUUCCUUCCUGUGCGCUGCCCCGACGAGGAUGCCACCGAGAGGAUGAAGCAGCUUGUGGAGCGCUACAGGGAUCAACAGGACAGCAUUGGCGGCACGGUGAGCUGCGUGAUACGGAAUGUUCCUUCUGGUCUCGGCGAGCCCUGCUUCGACAAGCUAGAGGCCAUGCUUGGGCAUGCCAUGCUCAGCAUUCCCGCCACCAAGGGCUUCGAGAUCGGAUCAGGCUUUGGCGGGUGUCAGGUCCCAGGUUCCAUCCACAACGAUCCAUUCAUCAAAGCGGAUGAUGCAGAGGGUCGGCCAAGGCUGACCACCAAGACCAACAACUCAGGCGGCAUCCAGGGCGGAAUAUCCAAUGGCGCGCACAUCUACUUCAAUGUCGGCUUCAAACCGCCAGCCACGAUUGGUCAGGCGCAGCAAACAGCUACGUAUGGGCAGGAGGAUGGCGUUCUGGAAGCGAAGGGACGGCACGACCCAUGUGUGGUGCCACGUGCAGUGCCGAUUGUUGAGUCAAUGGCAGCACUUGUACUUAUGGAUGCCGUUCUGGCCCAGCAGGCGCGACAGACAGCUCGCAGCCUGCUACCCCCUUUGAAGGAGACGGUACCGCUGACUGGAGGAGGGGCUCAAGCCAAUGGGGAGGGCGCAAAAGUCGAGGCAGACCGGUAG